UGCCUUGCAAAGGGAGAAAACGAGACGCGCACACGGAGGGCAAGGCAAGACAAGACUGCCGUGCAGGGCAGCGUUAAUUGCCGAUUUUUUUUUUUUAAUUAAAAAAGAUCUUUUUAACUAUCAGGUUCAAACCUCUCCUGAAUCAUAACCGUUUGCUGCUGAGCUAUGACAAGGGAGGAAACAAAAAGUUAGACGGGCAAGCCUGCGUAAGCGAGGAGCAGACUUACUUGAUAACAUGCUUUUGCGAAGUUCAGGAAAACUAAACGUGGGCACCAAGAAGGAGGAUGGUGACAGCACGGCCCCCACUCCUCGUCCAAAGAUCUUGCGUUGUAAAUGCCACCACCAUUGUCCAGAAGACUCGGUCAACAAUAUUUGCAGCACAGAUGGAUAUUGCUUCACUAUGAUAGAAGAAGAUGAUUCUGGGAUGCCUGUGGUCACUUCUGGAUGUCUGGGACUAGAAGGCUCAGAUUUUCAGUGUCGGGACACUCCCAUUCCUCAUCAAAGAAGAUCAAUUGAAUGCUGCACAGAAAGGAACGAAUGUAAUAAAGAUCUACACCCUACAUUGCCUCCGCUGAAAAACAGAGAUUUUGUUGACGGAUCCGUACACCACAAAGCCUUACUUAUAUCUGUGACUGUCUGUAGCUUCCUACUGGUCCUUAUCAUUUUGUUCUGUUACUUCAGGUAUAAAAGACAAGAAGCCAGGCCUCGGUACAGCAUUGGGCUAGAACAGGACGAAACCUACAUUCCCCCUGGAGAAUCCCUGAAGGACUUAAUUGAGCAGUCUCAGAGCUCAGGCAGUGGAUCAGGCCUCCCUCUGCUGGUCCAAAGGACUAUAGCUAAGCAGAUUCAGAUGGUGAAACAGAUUGGGAAAGGUCGCUACGGGGAAGUCUGGAUGGGAAAGUGGCGUGGCGAGAAGGUGGCCGUGAAAGUGUUCUUCACCACCGAGGAGGCCAGCUGGUUCCGAGAGACAGAAAUCUACCAGACGGUGCUGAUGAGGCACGAAAACAUUUUGGGGUUCAUUGCUGCAGAUAUCAAAGGGACAGGAUCCUGGACCCAGUUGUACCUGAUCACAGACUAUCAUGAAAAUGGUUCUCUCUAUGAUUACUUGAAGUCCACCACCCUAGAUAUUAAAUCGAUGCUGAAGUUGGCCUAUUCUUCUGUCAGUGGCUUAUGUCAUUUACACACCGAAAUCUUUAGUACUCAAGGCAAACCAGCAAUUGCCCAUCGAGAUCUGAAAAGUAAGAACAUCCUAGUGAAGAAAAAUGGAACUUGCUGCAUCGCUGACCUGGGCCUGGCUGUGAAAUUUAUUAGCGAUACUAAUGAAGUUGACAUACCACCCAACACUCGAGUUGGCACCAAACGCUAUAUGCCGCCGGAAGUGUUGGAUGAGAGCUUGAAUAGAAAUCACUUUCAGUCGUACAUCAUGGCCGACAUGUACAGCUUUGGACUCAUCCUUUGGGAGGUGACCAGGAGAUGUGUGUCAGGAGGUGCAGUGGAAGAAUACCAGCUUCCCUAUCACGACCUGGUGCCCACUGACCCCUCCUACGAGGACAUGAGGGAGAUUGUGUGCAUCAAGAAGCUCCGUCCCUCAUUCCCCAGCCGGUGGAGCGGCGAUGAGUGUCUAAGGCAGAUGGGGAAACUAAUGACAGAGUGCUGGGCUCACAAUCCUGCAUCCAGACUCACAGCCCUGCGUGUGAAGAAAACACUUGCCAAAAUGUCAGAGUCCCAGGACAUUAAACUCUGAUUUGAGUGGGGGAGGGAAGGAAAAAGCAAAAAACAGAAAAAAAGAAAAAGAAAGAAAAAAAAGCAUCACUGGAGGAAGCCAGAUCUUCUCUUUGCGGGCAGAGCAAAAAAUGUUCCUGAAGCAUCCACAGUACAAGCCUCGAACAGCCCAGCUUCCCAGUGGGUUCAGCCUCGCCUCCCGGGGAGCAGCCUGGACAGACAGAAGUUCCCAGAAACACAGACUCAUGGUGUCUGUAGGAGGUUGAAACCGCUCGGGUAACUUGUUUAAGACAUGGUGCACGUUGCUUUCUAAGAAAGCCCUGUAUUUUGGGAUUGCCCCCCCCUUUUUUUCCCCCCAAAAGAUGCUUUAAUUUUGCCAAAAUAUAACAAAUAAUUUAGAUAUUUUAAGGUUUUUACUAUUCUAGUUUAAAUAGUAACAAUGAGAGUUCUCAGAAAUUCUGCUGGAAAGUAAAUUAAAGUAGUUUUUCCAUUGGUAAAAUUUUGUUGCACUCUACAAACCAAAAGCCAGCCUGUGAAGUCGUGGAACAGAGUGGAGCUGCCCCCGCCUCCUCAGGCCGCUCCGGCCAGCCCCGAGCUGGGGGCUGCCGCCCAAUGUGAAUGCACCUGGGUACAAGCACCGCCUGCCUGGGACCGCGUUUGGGAUCCCUGCAGGUGACCCUUUGCAGCUUCAGAGGAUUUGGAACAAAUGAAGUGUUUAUGUGAUUCUGUUAGAAGUGAGUGUCAAUGUUCUUCCUCAGAACCACUUUGUGUUUCUGAUUCUGUUAGGCAUUUCUUUCAUGGUCAGAUCUCUUCCUUUUCAUGAAACACAAAACAGAGCUUUUGUUCAUGUGUAGAGAAUUGACCCAGGCAUGCUUCUGAUCUCUCAAAUGAAAGCAUCGAUAUUGCCAUAAGUUGUGUUGAAGAUCGCACACUUUAAAAUAGAGAUAGUUGGCUCUUGGGUGGUAAGACAACCAUGUCAGUAGGGUAGAGAUGAGGGUGGGGGCGCACGUGGCGUGUUCCUUACAUAUGCAGAAGAGCAGUCUCAGGAGCACAGGGGGAUAUUAUGCACACUUUACUUUGAAUAGAUAAAACCAGUUUCUUUUUGUUAUUGUCUCUCUCUUUUGCGUCUGCGUGAAGGGAAGGAGAGGAAGCAUAUGCCAUGUUAAUUUAACUCAAUUUUAACUUAAAAAUAGAUGACUAUACCCUCCAAAGGGGACAGCAGAGGAGUUAGUGGAGGCCACAAACUAUUAUGGCUGCUGUGAUUUAUUUUUCUAGAAUAGACAAUGGAUCGAGUAUGUACAUCAUUAAGUGAUCGUUUCACAUUUUAGGAAUGCUGCCUCUAUUUUAUUUUAAUCUCGUGAUGUUCAGUUCACUUUUUAAUUUAUUAUUUUUGUAUUCUCUGUGGCACUUGUGCAAAACAUCUCUUCACCCACUCGAUUCUGCACGGUUUUCACUUUUGAGAAACGUGAGUCCACUCAUGGACAGGGCCAAUAUUGCUGAGCAACAGGAACGUGAAGUUCAAAAUUGCACACAUCCCCCUCACCUUUGUUCAUUGCCAUGUCCUUACUGUGGUUUUCUUUUGCUUCUUAGAAGUUCUGUAACUUAGUGAGGAAUUGGGAAAUACUCUCUCCAUAGCCUUAAAAAAGGAAAGCAAAAGACAUUUCUUCCAGAAUCCUGCAGGGGGCAGUGUGUUAUAACACAUUUUCACCACUUGGUGAGUGAAGGAUGGAUGUUUUUUGAAAAUUUGACAGCUGCAUGAAAAAUGAGAAAAUAUUUUCCUCACUUCUGAAGUAGGCUUGCAGCUGGUGACUUGUUCAUUCAGAAAACACCCUAGAGCAGAGAGUGGUUGUGAGAUGUGCUUAUAUUCUGAGGGAAUCAUAAGAAGAAACACAGUGUUCUAUAUUCAGCAUUCACUUCCCAAGGCUUUAUAGCCACAUCUUGUUUGUAACAAAGGAAGAAGAUUUUUUUGAUUCUUUAACAUGAACAAAAUUUGUUUUUUUCAAAGAUUAAGAACUGUUGGUUCCAGAUUUUAAUCAGAAUGCUGCUUUUGGUGAUAUUAAAAUAAUCUGAAUGGCAAUGUAACGGUUCCUUUCUCUUGUGUCAAAUCGUAUUCUUUGUGAUAGCUUAGAAGAAAUAUGUGGCUAGAACUAAGUGUGAUAAUCAUCUGAGCCGUAGAGAGAAACUUUAGUACCUCUAAUCACAUCAUCUACAAACAAAUAAGUAACCAUUUAUGCCCGUUAACAGGGGACGUGUUUUUGUUUCUUGAUUUUUCUUAAAUUUAAGUGAGGUUGGACUUACUUCUUAGAUAAAAAUGUAUGUUCUUUUUGGUAAGUUUGUAUACAUGAUAACUGAAAAUCAGAAUAUUUUGUGGGGAAGUGAUGAUUUGAAAAUAAACUAGAUUUCUAGGGAGGUGUUGGUUCCAAUGAAGAAUAGCAGGAAAUUUCUUCUAUGUUAUUUGUUUAGUUGCUUUGGAAAAAUCAAUAGUUUCCUUUCUAAUUCUCAACCUGAUUUACUCACUAUGAACAAUUAAAAAUUAUUCCUGAGAUACUUCAAAAGACCUAUUUAGUUAUUAUAAUCUUUAAAUGCAACAAGAAUUUAUUUACAAAUAGAUUUUUCUGUGUCUUCCAAAAUUCACCUUACUUAGGGAAUCCUGAAUUGUUCUUAAAAAGAGACUACCUACUUAUUUACAAAUGAUCCGUUUUGAUUUUUAAGUUUCUAGUAGCUCAGAAGUGAAUUUUAUUUUAUUUUAUUUUUUUGUUUUAACUUUCUAUAGAAUAAGUGGGAACCUGGAAAGUAAUAAUGUAGCUGAUUUCUUACUAUCAGGAGUAUUUCACAGACUAAGAUUUUCUUCUAGUCUCUCCCCCCAGAGGAAUCCUAAAAUCCUAGUUGCUAGCUAAUAUAAGUUUUGUAUGCUAAGAUGUUCAGGUUUAUAGUUUAUUAUGUGUAUAUAUAUUAUAUAAAUAUAUGUUUAUAUAAAUAUUAUGUUCAGUUUGGAGUCUGGCACAACUCCAUUUUGUGGAUUAGAGAGUAAAAUAUUAUGGAUGAUAAAGUACUAAAUGAAACAUAAUAUUUAUUUAUAAAAGUGUGUAGAUUGUUAAAUCACAAGUAGCAGUGCUAUGAACAUUGUGUGUGAGGAGACAGGCCUUUGACCUCCUGGAAAGCACCGCUCAAAAGUCACUAUGACCAUUCUUUUUAUUCUCAAAACAUAAAGCUUCUUAGAAAACAUGCUAAGAUUUUAUUUAGAGGGAAUCCUUUGUUUCAGUUGUCGUCAGGUUUAGCAAGGACUGAGUAGCAACCACGUUUCAUGUUCUCAGAGUCGUGCAUACUCAUUAGAAGUUACAGCUUUUAUGUCCCUGGUCUGUUCUAGUGCUUCACGUUUGUAGGUGGAAAGGCACAGAGAGAAAUAUAGUUUUUAAACUCGAAUUGUUCUGUGGUUAUAUCUCCUUAGAAAACUCAGUCACAUAGCAGUGGAAAUGAACGAAAUGAUGCCAGAAGUGAUUUAAUUCAGCAAUUAUGAUUCCUCUUGUAAAACAAAACACAAACCCCACAAUGCUGUAUUUUUUGGAGAAGAGUUGGCAAUAUAUAAAGAAUUUUGUUGUCUGUUUCAAAAGAAGACUCAUUUGUGUUCUUUUGGGGAACCAGUGCCUUAUUGAAUUUGUACAUACUGUAAUUAUUCAGGACUAGGGAACAAACGACUGUAUUGUAUUUGUUACAAAUUGUAUAUGGCUUUGUUUGAACAUUCCCCCAAAUAAAAUGGUUCCGUUCUCCCCUUGGAAGGAAA